GCGGAGCAACUGUCAAAAAGUCCAAAACAAAAACCACGUCGGUCCGGACACAAACCUGAGCAAGUAAAAUAAAUAUAACAGUUAUUUAAGUGCUAUUAACUUCAAAAGUUAAGAUAUUUAAUUUAUUUAUUAGAUAAAAGUGUUGACGCCUUAAUUUUCCAAAAUGGCUCGCGGAAAGGAUAAGAAAAAGCGUAAGUUGGAGAAGAAGCAAGAAGGGGACGAUGUUCCCAAGAAGGUGCCGCACACGCUGGAGUCGCUCCGGGAGAAAGAUGAGACGAUGCUGGCGAACGCUGAUGUCGAAGAGCAGGAAGAGGCACAAAAAGAUAUGGAAUUGGAUGAACUGUCUUCCUACUAUGAGAACUCUUACGAACCUAAAGUACUGAUCACAUACUCGGACAACCCUCACAACAAGACCAGGAUAUUUGGCAAGGAGCUUAUGAGGAUCAUACCGAACUCUAUAUCCAGAUAUCGACAGAGGUCAUCAGUAAAACGUAUAGUCCAGUCGUCGGUACGGGAAGGAGUGACAGACGUCAUCAUCAUCAAUGAGAAUCAGAAGCAGCCGAAUGGUUUCCUGCUGAUCCACUUGCCUAAUGGACCCACUGCACAUUUCAGACUGUCCAGCUGCAAAAUCACACCGGAACUGAGGAAAGAUUAUAAAGAAAUCACCAAUCAUAGGCCAGAGGUGAUCCUGAACAACUUCAGCACGCGGCUGGGUCUCACGAUCGGGCGCAUGCUGGGAGCUCUGUUCCACUACGAGCCACAGUUCCGCGGCCGCCGCGCCGUCACCUUCCACAACCAGCGGGAUUACAUCUUCUUCAGACAUCAUAGAUACGAGUUUACAACAGACGGGAAGCGCGCCAAGCUGCGCGAGCUAGGUCCUCGGUUCACUCUGAAGCUGAUCUCGCUCCAACAAGGCACCUUCGACUCCAAGCGCGGAGACUACGAGUGGAUCAUCGCCGGCCGCCGCCACCAGAUGGAAACUUCCAGAAGACGGUUCUUCUUGUAAUGUUAAGGAUUAUUUCGUUAAUAAAUAUUUUAAGCAAUUUAUUUGCAGUU